GUGUCUGCACCGGAAGAACUGAAGGAAUCUUUCAUGAACAUCCGGGUUAGUUUCUGGUUAAAGACGAACAGAAUGGCGACUCACAUGUCGAAGUGCAGAACUUGGAAUCGGGUUCACAGGUUUGGAAUCGCAGCUUACAGGAAGUACAGCAGCAGCGGUAGUGGAUACCCAAAUAUUUCUCUCUCUACACCCCUGCCUGGCAUCCCAAAACCAGUGUUUGCCUCUGUGGAUGGCCAGGAAAAAUAUGAGACAAAGAUUACCACUCUGGAAAAUGGUCUGAAAAUUGCCUCCCAAAACAAGUUUGGUCAGUUCUGCACAGUUGGAAUUUUGAUAAAUUCUGGAUCCAGGCAUGAAGCAAAGUAUCCAAGCGGUAUUGCACAAUUCCUAGAGAAACUUGCGUUUUCUUCUACAGCACAGUAUGGGAGUAAAGAUGAAAUCCUUCUCACGCUGGAAAAACAUGGUGGCAUAUGCGACUGCCAAACAUCAAGAGACACCACCAUGUAUGCAGUUUCUGCUGAAGUUAAAGGUCUGGACACAGUGGUCAGCCUUCUGUCCGACGCAGUUCUUCAGCCUCGCUUGCUUGAUGAAGAGCUCGAGAUGACCAAAAUGGCCGUGCGCUUUGAGUUAGAAGAUCUCAACAUGAGGCCGGACCCUGAGCCGUUACUCACGGAGAUGAUCCACGCGGCUGCGUAUCGAGGAAACACAGUCGGGCUUCCUCGCUUUUGCCCAGCGGAUAAUGUGGACAAGCUUGAUAAGACCGUGCUUCACAGCUACCUGCGUAACUACUACCGUCCUGAGCGCAUGGUGCUGGCAGGCGUGGGAAUCGAGCACGAGCAGCUGGUUGAUAGUGCUCGGAAGUAUCUGCUGGAUGCCAAACCGGUGUGGGGAACAAGCCCGGCUGCUAAUGUGGACCUCUCGGUGGCUCAGUACACCGGUGGAAUAGUGAAGAUGGAGAAGGACAUGUCUGAUGUGAGCCUCGGCCCCACUCCCAUCCCAGAGCUCACCCACAUCAUGAUUGGCUUGGAGAGCUGCUCCUUCCUGGAGGAUGACUUCAUCCCAUUUGCAGUGCUGAAUAUGAUGAUGGGUGGAGGUGGCUCCUUCUCAGCAGGAGGACCAGGCAAAGGCAUGUUCACCCGCCUGUACCUGAACGUACUCAACAGACAUCACUGGAUGUACAACGCCACUUCCUACCAUCACAGCUACGAGGACAGCGGCCUGCUGUGCAUCCACGCUAGUGCCGACCCCAGACAGGUGCGGGAGAUGGUGGAAAUCAUAACCAGGGAGUUUAUUCAGAUGGGUGGGAGUGCCGGAGAGAUGGAGCUGGAGAGAGCCAAGACUCAGCUCAAGUCCAUGCUGAUGAUGAAUCUCGAGUCGCGACCCGUUAUCUUCGAGGAUGUUGGACGCCAGGUUCUCUCCACGGGUAAAAGGAAGCUGCCGCACGAGCUCUGUCAUCUAAUAAGCAGCGUGACAGCCAGUGACAUUAAAAAGGUGACCACCAAGAUGCUGCGCAGUAAACCCGCUGUGGCGGCUCUGGGAGACCUGACGGAGCUGCCGUCGUACGAACACAUUCAGGCCGCUCUGUCGAGCAAAGAUGGACGUCUGCCUCGCAUUUAUCGCCUCUUCCGAUAGAAUCCCGACGUGGCUGUAAAGAAACCGGACUGGAAGAUUACACUAGUGUUCCCUCCCGACACAGAACUCUGCACAGCUCAGUCUGGGGGAGACUAAUACCUGGUCUCUGGCCUGAGUCCCGGGGGGUUGGGGGGUUAAGAGAAAUAUUUUACUCCAUAGUAAUCUCAAUGUGGGCGGUGCUGGAGCAUCAGUAUUUAUUGUCUGUGGGCAGAAAGCCAAACAUGCUUGCUUUAGUUUUAACAGGGACGAAACUCUGCUGUACGCUGGUGAAUGAGUGAUUGUUGCUGUACGCUGGUGAAUGAGUGAUUGUUGCUGUACGCUGGUGAAUGAGUGAUUGUUGCUGUACGCUGGUGAAUGAGUGAUUGUUGCUGUACGCUGGUGAAUGAAUGAUUGUUGCUGUACGCUGGUGAAUGAGUGAUUGUUGCUGUACGCUGGUGAAUGAGUGAUGGUUGCUGUACGCUGGUGAAUGAGUGAUGGUUGCUGUACGCUGGUGAAUGAGUGAUUGUUGCUGUACGCUGGUGAAUGAGUGAUUGUUGCUGUACGCUGGUGAAUGAGUGAUGGUUGCUGUACGCUGGUGAAUGA